UCCUUUCAAGCAUUAAAUGCUUUGAGACUUUGGAAUUCUCUUCGAUAUAUAGGAACGUACGAACCGCUGGUACAAUCAAAGAAACCCUAGAAGUCGCUACAAAUAUUCUGGCGUGUAGAAAACUCAUUGGUCCAUCGAUCGAUCGAUAUCCAGCUUUUACUCUUUGGCCUCCCCAUCAGUUUAGCAGCCGGACAAGAGAUUUAUAGCCAGAAGAAAGAGAUCAGCUGCUCAAUCUCUGCAAUAUUGUAGUUCAUAGCUAGGCGACUAGGCUCAAAGCUAAUUUGCAUCAAGGGCGGGCGCGCUUUGAGCUCAAGCUUCUGAUCUGGUGCAAGCAUCGAUUGGCCUGAAAAUGAGGAACGUUCUUCUUCAAUGCUCCUCACACCUUUACAACUUCGGAAACAAUUAUGAAAUCCAGAUGCCAAAUUUGGACGUCUCUAUGCAAAUGAAUAGCGAAGGAGAUUUCCAUGGUAAUGGUUUUUUAAUGAAGCCCGUAGUAUCCAACAAUGAAGACCUACAGCUGGGAAAUGGAUGCUAUCCAGACCCUUUUCGGUCCCUUCGUAAUUAUAGCUAUCAAUCAGGUUAUGAAUCUGGUUCCUCUAGCUGUGCCCACAUUAUUCCUCAGCAGUCAAUGUUGCUAAGCAAGCGACCUUUUGUUCCACAAUUUGAAGAAGACUUGCAGGGAAUGCCAAAUGUAAGGAAACGUCCAAUUGAGCUGAUCAAUGAUACCUUGCCCAAAAUGGGAACUAUGGUUGGAAACAUGGCAGUAUUGAGCGAGUGGAAGAAGAAUAAGAGAAACAAGGCCUCAACCCCAGAUAAAAAAUGGCAGCAUCAAGUGCAUGUGCCUAUAAGGAGGUCAGGCCAAAAGCUUAGUGACAAGAUCACACCUCUUCAAAAGCUGGUCUCCCCCUACGGCAAGACUGACACUGCAUCAGUUCUUCAAGAGGCUUCUCUUUAUAUCAAGCUACUUCACGAACAAAUUCAGAAUCUCUUUCAGAUGCUGAGCAGCUCAUACAAAAGUAGUACUACUGGAGCCGGUCAACGACAGGUGGAAAUUGGAGAACAGCUAGACCUAAGGAGCAAAGGGCUUUGCUUGGUUCCUGUAUCAGUUACUCAAAAUGGAGAGCUAGAUCUGUUGAGGACCAAACCCGGCCUCAUGCAUGGCUAGAAAGCCAAAAUGAAGAGGAAAAAGAACAAUAUUAUGCUUCGGUUCCGAAGCUAACUAGCGCUAAAUUAUGAAGUUGAUUCUUUUUGUUUAAUUUACCCCAAGCCAGCCUCCUUUACCUAAUUAAUUCCUGCGGGCUAAGAAAAGAACAUGUACUUAGCGUGCGUGUAAUAAUCAGCUCACCUUUUCUUGUUGGGGUUGGAUUAAUAAUUUAGAGAAUCGGCCUAAAGAAGAAUGGUAGCUAAUUAAUAUAUCCUCCAUGCAGUUAUGCUGUUUUAUGAUA